UUCGGCGAUGGACGCUCGCUGCAUGCGCCUUUAAGAGAGGUGGCGCGCAGAGUGCAUGCUCUUCCUUUGCUCAGCUGCUUGAUGUGAAAUCUAGCGGAUCUCAUUCUUGAAGGACGUACUAGGAAGAGAGAGAGGCUUUAUAUACGGAAGCAGAGAGUCGUAAAGACCUGCAAACCCCUAGAUCGGCGGUGGCGGUACCGCGUGUUCGGAAACAGCGCCUCGUCCGUGCAACGCCGAGGAGUGAGCGAGCGAGCGAGUGUUCGGGGAAAUGCGGAGGGUCUUUUUUUAUUUUACAGUGGAAACAAAUCCUAACCUCUCGAGAGAAGAGGAGGAAAUUUAACAAGCAACCGUAGAAAGGUGGCACGGUGGCGCAGCGGUAGAGUUGCUGCCUCGCAGAACCGGAUACCUGGGUUCGAUCCUGACUACGGGUGCUGUCUGUACGGAGUUUGUACGCUCUCUCCGUGACCGAGGGGGAUUUCUUCGGGAGUUCUGGUUUUACUCCAAAGACGUGCAGGUUCCCGAGACGUCUCUUCAUCUGGUAUUGUGGGGACGGGUCGAGCCAUCGCCUUGCAGCACUGAUGGAGGCCGAGUCUAAGACUGCGGCCCCUGAGGCCGUGCGGCUGAAGAAGGACAUCUCCUUGCUCCACGGAGUGUGCCUGAUCGUGGGCAACAUGAUCGGAUCCGGGAUCUUUGUCUCCCCCAAGGGCGUGCUGAGGUUCACCGGCUCCUACGGCCUGUCCCUGAUCAUCUGGGCAGUGGGAGGAGUAUUCUCCGUCAUCGGGGCGCUGUGCUACGCCGAGCUGGGGACCACCAUCAAGAAGUCCGGGGCCAGCUACUCCUACAUCUUGGAGGCGUUCGGGGGCUUCUUGGCCUUCCUGCGCCUCUGGACGUCCAUGCUCAUCGUGGAGCCGGCCUGCCAAGCUGUCAUCGCCAUCACCUUUGCCAACUACCUCAUCCAGCCCUUCUUCCCUUCCUGCGAGCCGCCCUACAGUGCCGUGCGGCUGCUGGCUGCCUUCUGUAUAGGGCUGCUGACGAUGGUGAACUGCGGCAAGGUGGCGUGGGGAGCUUCUCUGCAAGUGGUGUCCACAUUUGCCAAGGUCAGCGCCUUGAUCAUCAUCAUUGUGGCAGGACUGGUGAAGCUCUGUCAAGGACAGACAGAUAAGUUCCAAAAUUCCUUUCAGGGCUCCAAACUGAACGGUGGCGAUAUGGCCCUCGCUCUUUAUUCAGCGUUGUACUCUUACUCAGGAUGGGACACUCUCAACUUUGUGACCGAAGAGCUUCACAACCCUGAAAGGAACCUGCCCUUAGCGAUUGCUAUUUCCAUGCCCGUGGUAACGAUCAUCUACCUCCUGACAAACGUGGCCUACUACGCAGUCCUGGACAUCCCAACCAUCCUCCACAGUGAUGCCGUUGCCGUGACUUUUGCAGAUGCUGUCCUGGGUUACGUGAAGUGGCUCAUACCACUGUCGGUAGCGAUAUCCUGCUACGGUGGCCUUAACUCAUCUAUCAUUGCAUCCUCCAGGCUUUACUUUGUUGCCUCGAGAGAAGGACAUUUGCCCAGUUUCCUCUGCAUGGUCCAUGUAUUUAGAUGCACUCCGAUCCCGGCCUUGUGUUUUAAUGGAGCGAUAGCGUUAAUCUAUCUCUGCAUUGAAGAUAUUUACACUCUCAUCAACUACUUCAGCUUUAACUACUGGCUAUUCAUCGGCCUGUCUGUCGCCAGUCAGAUUUAUCUGAGAUGGAAGUUUCCUGAUCUACCAAGACCUGUGAAGCUGAGUUUGAUCUUUCCUAUCAUCUACUGCAUGUGCAGUUUGUUCCUGGUGGUGACUCCUCUCUACAGCGACCCCAUCAACUCUCUCGUUGGGAUUGCGGUCGCACUCUCCGGAGCUCCCGUCUACUUCCUCUGCAUCUACAUCCCGCGUGAAAAGCAGCCCAAGUGCCUUGAGAAGCUUUUACGUAUCGUCUCCUUGUACACACAGAAGUUAGCACUAUGUUGUCUGACAGAUAAGGAAGUCGAAGACAAAGAAGCAUAACCAGAAUUAACCAAAAAACUUUCCCAGGACUGUGGAGUCCGUACGCACAGAUUCUUCUCUCUCACGCUGUUGAAACUUUGAAUCCUGCCCUCUCGACAAUCGAAAUGCUGGAGACCAUUUUAUUUCCAAAAAUCGCACCGAUUGGUACUUUAUUAUCACAGGUGGCACGAUCGAGGUGCUUUGCAUUGCCGUACACAAGGUAUGCAAAGGGUCGCCACGUAAAGGGCGCCAACACAGUUACAAAGGGUUCAUUAGAGUCCCCGAUAGUCCCUCUUUUUUCUCGGCCACUCCCCCUUCCCCCAUUGCCAAGUCACACUUUGUUCUCUCUGGUAGUAAAACUGUUUUAAUUAAAAAUUGCAUCUUUUUUCAACCUCUUUUUAUUCGAGAAAAAUUUAUAGACCCACCGUCAUAAGUGUUGAACCGUUUGUUUCACGAUGGCCACCUUCUUGCAGUGACGGAGAUCUUCUGCUGAGUCAUCGUGAUAUAAGUCACAGAUCGUGUCCUGCGAGUGUUUUUUCAAUUAAUUUUUGUAAUGUGUGUGUGUGUUUAUUGCCCAAAGCCUCGGGGAGAACGUACAAACACCGUACAGACAGCACCCAUAGUCUGGAUCGAACCCGGGUCUCUAGCGCUGUAAGGCAGUAGCUCUACCCACUGGGCCACCGUGCUGCCUGUGUUGAAGAGGAAGUUCCAGGAAUUAGACUCAAACAUGACAAAGAACUGACAAAGUCUGUAGCAUAUCAAUAGCGGCACGGUGGCGCAGCGGUAGAAUUGCUGCCUCACAGUGCAAGGUAGCCGGGUACGAUCCUGACUAUGGGUGCAUUUCCUCACCUGGUUUGUACACAGCAACGACGUACAGGUUUGUACGUUAACCGGCUUGGUAUAAUUGUACAAGAGGGAACUGCAGAUGCUGGAAGAUCGAAGGUACACAAAAAUGCUGGAGAAACUCAGCGGGUGCA